AUGAAGAACCAGAGAACCGUUUUUCUUCUUGGCUGCAUCACUACUGGGAUAGUCAUGGUUCUGUUUGGAAUAGACUUCAUGAUGCCAAGAAGCUCAGUCAGGUCUGCAAGCCUCGUUGAGAGGGGAAGGAUGUCUCUAUUUGGUAAGAAGACGUCAGCAAUUGGGAAGUUUGCUGAAAGAAAAAGCAAUGACAGGAUCGACGUCUUGAGAGAGAAGAUGGACCUGAUAGGCAAGAAGCUGGACAGAGUGAUCAAGAUUGUUGAGGAAAUCAAGUCUGCCAGCAAGGCCGACUCCACAACAAUGGGGAAGAGUCCAAGUGUGAGCGAAGGCCCAUACCACGAGUCCAGGUACUCCUAUCGCCCUGAAAGAUCCCUAACAAGCCCCGUGCUCUUGGGUGCCCAGCCUUACUAUCUAGGUGAGAGGGGCCAGGGAACGAAUAUUGAUGCUGUAGAAUCACCUCGGAAGAGUCACCAACUUGGCGGAAUCCUAGAUGCCUUCCAUCCUGAACACUCUGAUGGCUUUGAUCUGCAUGCAUCUGGUUCUGGGAGUUACGGUGUUCCAAGCACAGACAAGCCCAGUGUACCCAAGGAAACAGAAAGUAAACUAGAGCCUCAGCCAUCUCUCUCCAGCGGCGGGGAAGUGAUGUCUCCAGGACUUCCAGAAAGCAUUGCCAUAGGAAGUACGCUUGGAAAUCCGAUUUCAGGAGGAGAGCGCAUUGAAAAGCUCAUCGGAGAAUUUCUUAAUGAAAGCUUCACCAACGCCAUAAAGCCAUCCCUAGUGAUUCCGGCAGAAGACACCAAGGAACUACAGGAAAAGCCUAAGGAUCUAAAAGAAAGUAAAAGCCCAAAUGGGAGCGGAAAGCCUAGCAGUGCCGACAGCUCCGCAUCUGAGAAACCCUUAGACACCCAUGAAAAGAGAAGUGCAUACACCAAAAAAGAUACUCAGGAGAGCAAGGUAGAUUCAAGCUCUUCUCCCGACAAAAAGGCUGGCAAGGGUGUGAGCAAGGGAACCUUGCCAGUAAACAGUGGAUCUCAAAAGUCUGACGGUACUGAGGCGAAGCCUCUUCUAGGUAGCGUAUCUAAGAGCAUGAAUGAAACUGGAAAGCAGCCCGGCUAUAAAAGCUUACAUUCCUCAGAAAGAAGUAGAGGCUCUAUUUUAUAUCCAUCGGAAAGUGAAAUAAGCUACGAAGAUGCUUCAAGCAGUGGGGCGGACGAAGAAGGCGCCAUACUCAGAAAUAGGGUCCAUGUCCCUAAGAUCUCGGUGAUAAAGCUGUGA